AUGGGGGACGAUCCGGGAAGGCUUUAUCGUUUGGAUGGAGUAGCUCAUAUCGCCGGUGUGAUCAACGACGAGGAUGUCGCAUACCAGCUGGGGUUGCCAGUCGAUGGAGAUUACGUUAGUGGUUGCCUUACCGACUUCCACCUUUACAUUGAGGGUGGGAGACCUGCUUGGCAGUGGUUCCAUGAGUUGCUCGGUGUUUUACCUCCGGAGAACCAGGUGCAGAAAUUCACAGUCAACUGCACCUGGUUUCAGGAGACAUUCGCAGAGUGUCCAGAUGGGGCAGAUGAGGAGACAGUUAGGCGAUUUGCCCGGGCCUAUAUCAUGAUGUUAUUGGGUACACAGCUGUUUGCCGACAAGUCCGGCAAUCGUAUACACAUCAGAUGGCUACCAUAUGUUGCUCGGCUUGAGGAGAUGGGUCGCUACAGUUGGGCGUUGGCGGCACUAGCAUGGCUGUACAGGUGCAUGUGCCGAGUCGCCAACAGACAUGUGGUGAAGUUAGCUGGCCCGUUACAGUUAUUACAGUCGUGGAUCUUCUGGAGGUUUCCCACACUUAGACCAUCUGGGUAUGAUGAGAUCAGCUGGCCCCUUGCCUCGAGAUGGUCUGGUUACAACCCUGGGAUUAGCAACAAGGGACCUCGGGUACAGAUGGCUCGCAUGAAGAUCGACCUGUUACAGCCUCGGCAGGUAAGGAAGCAGAACUUUUGUCAUUCUCAAGUCAUUGUUUCAGUUUAUAUCACUUAA